AUGGGUCACCUGGGAGUUGGGCUGCUGCUGCGGUGGCUGCGGGCGCCGCGCUGUGUUGGGUCGGCCCUGCUGUGGGGAGAGCGGGUAACGGUCGGCGGCGCCCGGGCCUACAGCUCCACGCCCGCCCGGGAUGGACUCGAGGGGCCGGCGCGCCGGCGCUCCUACUGGCGCUACGUGCGGCGUCUGGUGCAGGGAACGCCGGAGCCGCCGUACCCGCACGUGUGCCAGGUCGGGGAUCCGGCGCUGCGGGCCGUGGCGGCCCCGGUAGAGCCGGCGCAGCUGGCGGGACCCGAGCUGCAGCGGCUGGUGGAGCGGCUAGUGCAAGUGAUGCGGCGCCGGCACUGCGUGGGCUUGAGCGCACCGCAGCUCGGGGUGCCGCUGCAGGUACUGGCGCUGGAGUUCCCCGAGGCGCUCUUCCGCGCUUGCGCGCCGCGUGUGCGCGAGGCCCGUCAGAUGGAGCCCUUCCCCCUGCGCGUGUUCGUGAACCCCAGCCUGCGGGUGCUGGACAGCCGCCUGGUCACGUUCCCUGAGGGCUGCGAGAGUGUUGCUGGCUUCCUUGCUUGCGUGCCCCGCUUCCAGGCGGUGCAGAUCUCAGGGUUGGACCCUAGAGGAGAGCAGGUGGUGUGGCAGGCAAGUGGGUGGGCAGCCCGCAUCAUCCAGCACGAGAUGGACCACUUGCAGGGCUGCCUGUUCAUUGACAAAAUGGACAGCAAGACGUUUACAAACAUCCACUGGAUGGAGGUGAAUGACUAA